AUGGCAGAGAGACGCGAGAGAUGCCUGGGGAGCAACAACCCAGAUAUCCCCCACCCUGCAUCAACAAUCCGUCCGAUGGUCUCUGAAGAAUGGGAUUAUGUUUCUCCAAGCGGAUAUCGUGUCUCGGAGCAUAUGAUCAAUGAGCCACGCCCGGGAAAGGGGCCGUUUAAGAUAAUAAUGGCCGGCUGCGGGCCGGCUGGAAUCGACUUUCUACACCAUGCCAUGACGGAAUUAGGACCUGACUCUGGAGUGCAAUUCGUCUGUUACGAAAAGAAUCAGGAUGUUGGUGGUACGUGGCUGGAAAACAGAUAUCCUGGCUGUGCUUGCGAUGUGCCAAGUGCUAGCUACCAAUUCCCGUGGAGACCCAACCCUGACUGGACGCAGUAUUAUUCUCCCUCCAAGGAGAUUUGGGAAUACUUCAAGAGGAUAGUCGACGAAGAAGGGAUGAUGAAGUACAUCCGAUUACGAACUACUGUAACUCGAGCGGAAUGGGACGAGGACAGAUCGAAAUGGCUCAUCACGCUUCAAGAACAUGACAUGGCAGACAGCAUCGUCAAGACAUGGAUAGAGGAGUGCGACUUGUUCUUAACUGGAACAGGCAUUUUGAAUGCAUGGAAAUGGCCAGAAAUACCCGGACUAACGUCCUUCAAGGGCAAAUUGUUUCAUACCGCGCGGUACGAUGAAAACUAUGACUUAAAAGGAAAACGAGUUGCUGUCAUUGGUUCCGGAAGCUCAGGAGUCCAGACGGUUGCCUCCAUUUAUAACGACGCCGCGAGAGUUUAUACCUGGGUGAGAACACCGACAUGGAUCACUGCUGGUUUUGGACCGAAAUUUGCUGGUCAAGGAGGAUCGAAUUUCUCAUAUGACGAAGCCCAGAAGAAGAUAUGGAGGAGCGACCCAGAAAAAUAUAGAACCUAUAGAAAGAUGGUUGAGAAUGAGCUAAACAGCAGAUUCCGUUUUAUUUUAAGAAAUAGCAAAGAGUCUGAUGAUGCAAACGAGUUCUCAUAUAACGAGAUGACAUCAAAACUUGGAGAUAAUCAACAGCUUAAAGAUACGGUAAUACCGACUGAUUUCAACGUGGGCUGUCGACGCGCCACUCCAGGGAACGGAUACCUUGAAGCACUCGUAGGAGAAAAAACAACAUGCUAUACCGGGGCCAUCAAACAUAUCACGGAAACUGGGUUCCUUGACCCCGACGGAAAAGAGGUAGAAGUCGACGUCAUCAUCUGCGCAACGGGAUUUGACACCACAUUCCGUCCCCGUUUCCCCAUUAUAGGACUGGAUAAACGGGAUCUUGCUACACGCUGGGCCGAAGAGCCAGACUCAUACGUGGCAGUCAGCGUACCCCAUGUUCCGAACUAUUUCACAUAUACUGGACCCUAUGGUCCUCUAGCACAGGGGUCCGUGCUACCCCUACUCACUCUAUACUCCAACUACUUCAUGACUGUCAUCAAAAAGAUGCGCAAGGAACACAUCCGGCGCUUAAGCCCGAAGGAGAGCGCUGCUGCUGCAUUCCGUGAACAUGCCAAGGUCUACUUGAGGCGUACGGCCUGGGCAGAUCCAUGUAGUAGUUGGUUUAAGCAGGGGAGGAAAGACGGUAACAUCGUGAUGUGGCCUGGAAGCAGGCUGGCGUUCUUUGACGUUAUGAGGGAGCCGAAAUUUGAAGAUUAUGAGAUUGAGUAUUGGGGUGGGAAUCGAUGGGGCAAAGCGGGCAAAACUCGGCUGCUGCAAGAGAAGAAGCUAUUUACAGGAAACAAAGAAUCUCAAAAAACUUGA